CAAAAUGGUGAGGACAACACGUGCCAACUCAAAGAACGUAGAAGACAAGAACCUGGCCCUCGGCGACGUCAACGCCCCCGAAGCCUCUCACAGGGCUCCCGAGGGCGGUGUCAUCGCUGGGCUGGAACAGGCGGCUGUCGACCUACGCCUUCAGAUCCAACAAAAUGCCCCCGAUGCCCGCCUCGGCAUCGAGGCCAAGAAGAAAAACCGGAGCGAUGACCAAGUCAGCCCUCCGGUUCUCACCAUCGACGUACAAUCGGCGCUCUCCGCCUUCAUCCAGACGCUCACCCAGAACCCGGGUGCCUUCGGCACCCUGGCUCCAGCUCACCCUCAGAUCGGGGAAAAUAUCAUACUUCCCCCUCUGCCACACCCCUUCGGAAAUCCCACCCCUCGGGUGAGAAACGACGAAGGGGUGGUGGCCCAAGAAACAUCCUCCCAGGAAGUUCAGUCCCGGGACCGCCAUAAUGACAACAGGGAGAGGCCCCGUACUUCCGCCCUCAACCGGCUCGGAGGAGGGCCAGACCGCCGAGGGGUCCAAGACCGCCUCGGGGGGAAAGCACUCCAAAGGCCCCAGGAAAGCGGGGGAUCUGUUUCGAGGGCAGACGAGGAGCGUCCCCCUCGGGACAAAAGCAAGGCACCCCUUCAUGCCGAUGAUGCUCGGCACCAAAUCAACCAGGCCCACUCGGCCCGGGUUCGUUCGCAGGGGGCGGAGACCCUCCCGAGGGACCCCCGGGACGAGAUUAUUGCGGCCCUCCAACGCCGGCUUGACGAGAUGGAGUCCAACAAAGCUCACGCCACCACCUCCACCCCUCACUCAGACCUCAAAUACGAGGCCAUGAUGGCCAAAAUGGAGGAAUUACAGAAGAAGGUGGCCGAGGGCUCCGGGGAACCCGUCAUCCAGCUCCGGACUCGGACGCCAUUUACCCCAAGGGUAUUGGCGGCCCGGAUCCCAGAAAAAUACCGAGGGCAACACAUACAGCCCUACAGCGGGAAAACGGACCCCCAGGAACAUUACAGCAAGUACCAGAACAGCAUGAUGAUGGUGGGGGCGUCAGACGAAUAUUUGUGUCAUUGGUUCCUCUCCACCUUAGAGGGACCAGCAUACGAAUGGUUCAACAGGUUGCCCGAGGGCUGCAUUGAUUCGUGGCAAGAACUCGCCCAGCGAUUCUUGACACAAUUUGCCGGGAGACGUCGCACAAGGAAGCACUUCUCCCACCUCCUAACAAUACGCCAAAAGAAGGAUGAGACCCUUCGGGAUUUCCUAGAGCGCUGGAGGACGGAGGCCGACAAGGUCGACGGUGCUGAUGACGGGACCCUCCUGGCCCUCCUACAAACCGUCCUCCGCACCGGCAACUUUUCCAGGAGCCUCAUCAUUGAACCCCCCCCCCCCCCCCCCCGCGACUACAUAAGGGCCUUGCAGCGGGGGGACCGGUAUGCUGAGGCCGAGGAGGUGGAGAAGUAUCACCAACACCCGGACCAGCAGCCCCCGAGGGCUGACAACAAGCAUAACCGAGGGCCGGGGGCUCCUAAAAAUCACCCCAAGACUUCAGGAUCCUCCGAUGACCGCCCUCGGCAAGGCCAAGCCAAGCCCGGGGGAGGUUAUAAGAGCAACCCUAAGACUUGGGCCCAGCCCAUUCUCCUGGACCGCCCUCGGACACCAUUGACGCACCCCGUCAGCAUCAUCCUCGAUUUUGCCGAGGAGAGGGGCCUCGUGGAGCGCGACUCUCGCGCACCCCCGGAGGUACACGCUAUCAACCCUCAGUUCCCCUACUGUCGCUUCCAUCGGCACCAGGGGCACAUGACCGAUGACUGCCAUCAGCUUAAGACGGCCAUCGAGAGAUUAAUACAGGCAGGGCACCUGUCCCAGUUUGUCCAGAGCCCUCGGCAGGAGGGACCUUCUCAUCAGGGGCCUCCCCGAGGGCAUCACACAAAGGUGAACGCUUGGGUAAACCCGAACACCAUCCCCCUCGGCAAGAAAAGGGAGAUUGGAAACUUGGAAAAAGAGGAGGAGGAAUACCCCCACCACCAGGAGAAAUAACGCCACAUCCUCAUGAUCACCGGUGGCAACACAGGGGGCGAUUCCACCAGCCAGCGAAAGAAGUGGGCUCAAUCGCUUUACGUAGGGGAAGUCACUCAUAUGCCCUCGGUAAAGCGAUUGAGGGAGGAACCCAUCACCUUCACCAACGCAGAUCUCCCUCCUACUUCUUCUCCUCACAGGGAUGCCUUGGUGAUUCGAACGGAGAUCAACGACACCAUCAUUCACCGAACUUACGUUGACACGGGCAGCUCCGUCAAUGUAAUGUACCUCAGCACCUUCAGAGAGCUGCAUCUGGAGAGGGGGUCCCUUCGGCCCAUUAAGACCCCUCUUGCCGGCUUCACCGGCGACACUAUUGAUUCCGAGGGGGUAAUAACCCUCCCGGUGAUCUUCGGCGACGGGCUCCAUAGAGCCCAGCUCGAGGUGGAGUUCGUCGUCGUCAACAUUGACUGCGCCCACAACAUCAUCCUCGGCCGGCCAGCCCUCGAGGACCUCGAAGCCAUCAUCUCCAUGAGGCAUCUCUGCCUCAAGUUUCCCGCCGAGGGGGGCAUUGGCUACUCCCGGGGGAACCAAAAAAUUGCCCGCGCCUGCUAUCUUCAGGUCACUAAGAAGGUAAGCAAGACGGAAUUCCGUGUUGACACCAUCACCGGAGCCGUCGACCAAGAGGAAAGAAGGCCGAGGGCUGAACCGGCCGAGGACGUAGAAGACUUUGCGCUCGAUCCGGCCCAGCCGGAGAGAGUCGUGAAGAUUGGAGCCCAGCUCCCUGAAGAUUUGAAGACCGGUAUCACCGACGCCCUCCGCGCCUACUCCAAUGUCUUUGCAUGGGGGCCGGAGGACAUGCCGGGAAUCAGCCGAAGGGUCAUCACCCACCGCCUCUCGGUGGACCCCUCGGCAAAAGCAGUACAACAACGAAGGAGACCCCUCUCCGCCGAGAGGAGGGAAUUCGUGAAGAAGGAGGUCGCCAUGCUCCUCUCCAUUAAACACAUCAGGGAGGUGAAAUAUCCCUCAUGGCUGGCGAAUGUAGUCCUCGCACAGAAGCCCCCUACCUUCCGCAUGUGCGUGGACUACACCGAUCUCAACAAAGCAUGCCCUAUGGAUCCAUUCCCUCUACCAAACAUUGAUCAAUUGGUGGAUGAGACCGCGGGAUGUGAGAUCAUGUCCUUCCUCGAUGCCUUCCGAGGGUACCAUCAAAUUUUCAUGCACGAGGAGGACGCCGAAAAAACUGCCUUCAUGACUCCCGAGGGCAUCUUCUGCUACCUAGUGAUGGCCUUCGGCCUAAAGAACUCGGGGGCCACUUACACCCGGAUGGUGGCUCGGGUCUUUCAAGUUGUCCUAGGGCGCACCAUGGAGGCCUAUGUCGACGACAUGAUCGUCAAGAGCAAACAAUCUUCCAGCCAUGCUGACGACCUCCGGGAAAUCUUCGCCAUCAUGCAAAAAUUCAACCUUCGGCUAAACCCGAAGAAGUGCACCUUUGGCGUCCAAGGGGGCAAAUUCUUGGGCUACAUGGUGAGCCGUAGGGGUAUUGAGGCCAAUCCCGAGAAGAUCCAGGCCAUCAUCAACAUGGAGCCCCCACGCAACGUGAAGGAAGUUCAACGGUUGACGGGCCGCCUGGCAGCCCUCAACCGCUUUCUAUCUAAAUCGGCGGAGAAGUCUCUACCCUUCUUCCAGAUCAUGAGGAAGACGGCUGGCUUUCUAUGGACUCCAGAAUGCUAGGGGGCUUUCGACGAGCUCAAAAGAUAUCUAUCUUCACCUCCUGUGCUCUCCAAACCCAAGGUAGGGGAGACCCUCUACCUCUACCUUGGGGUUAGACCGGCGGCCAUCAGCUCUGUGCUCAUCCGGGAGGAAGACGGCAUCCAACAUGCCAUCUUCUACGUUAGCAAGACCCUAAGGGAGGCCGAGCUCAGGUACUCCCCUGUGGAAAAAACGGUGUUGGCCAUCGUUUGGACUGUCAAGAAGUUGGGCCACUACUUUCAGGCUCACCCGGUUCAGGUCCUCACCCAUCAACCCCUCGGCGCCCUCAUGAGGAGCCCCACCAGCUCCUCCCGCAUGGUGAAAUGGGCUAUCUUCUUGAGCCAGUACAACAUUGACAUCCGCCCAAGGCCUGCCAUCAAGGGCCAAGCCCUGGCGGACUUUGUGACGGAGUGUACCACAAGGGCAGCCACGGACGGGGAGCCCUCGGCUACCUCGGACGACUGGUGGACCCUCUACACUGAUGGCUCCUCCGCGACCAAAGCAUGCGGGGGAGGGGUAGUCCUCAUUACUCCCGAGGGCUUCAGGGCCUACUAUGCAAUCCGCUUCUCCUUCAAAGUCUCCAACAAUGAGGCCGAAUAUGAGGCCCUCCUAUGUGGCCUUCGGCUGGCUGCCAACAUGAGGGCUCGGCAGAUCCACAUCAAAUGCGACUCCAAGUUGGUCGUUGGCCAAAUCUCCGAAGAAUAUGAGGCCAAGGAGGGGAGAAUGAAACAGUACAAAGAAGCGGCCAAGGAGUUGCUUAAGGUAUUUGAGGCACACUCUCUCACUCAAAUACCGAGGGCUCAGAACUCCGAGGCCGACAUAUUGUCUAAGCUCUCGGCCGAUUCCCCCGAGCACAUCUCCAAAAUUGCCAAAAUCGAGGAACUCAGCCUCUCAAGUAUCCAUGCAAGCCCCGUUAUGAAUAUACAACAACGUCAGGAGGAUUGGAUCUCCGAUAUCACCGCCUUCAUCUCCACAGGGCAGCUACCCGAAAAUGAGGCCGCGCUAAACUGGCAAAACUAAGGGCUCCCAGCUACACCAUCGAAGAUGGAAGGCUCUACAAACGAUCUUACAAUGGCACGCUACUUCGGUGCCUUCAUCCAGAUGAAGCCGAGGUCGCAAUGGAGGAAGUGCACAGUGGCACUUGCUCAGCUCACCAGGGACCCUUCUCCAUGUCCCGAAGGCUCAUUCUCCAGGGCUACUUCUGGCCAACCAUGGCCAGGGACUGUGCUGACCUUGCCCGGAGGUGCACCGCAUGUCAACAUUUCCAGAAAGCUCCCGGCAGGCCAGCGGUCAACUAUGCCCCCAUCAGCACCUCUGUCCCAUUUUCCCGGUGGGGGAUAGACCUUGUGGGCCCUCUGCCGAGGGGUACCUCCAACAACAGAUACAUCAUUGUGGCCGUCGACUAUUUUACCAAGUGGGUGGAGGCUGAACCCCUCGCCAGCAUCACAGAGGCGAAGUGCCGUCACUUCGUCCUCAAGAACAUCCUCACAAGGUUUGGCGUCCCCCAGCAGAUCAUCUCCGACAAUGGGACACAAUUUGAGGCAGCCCCCUUCUGUGCCCUUCUGGAGGCAUGGGGCAUCAAACACACCUUCUCCUCCGUUGCCUACCCUCAAGGCAACGGGCAAGUAGAGAACGCCAACCGGACCUUGCUCGAGGGCCUAAAAAAGAAGCUGGAGGCCGAGGGUGGUGGCUGGGUGGAAGAACUCCACAACAUCCUUUGGGCCUAUCGCACCACCCCUCGGCGAGCAACAGGUGAAACACCCUUCUCCCUCUGCUACGGUUUUGAAGCCAAAGCUCCUACGGAAGUCACCCUUCCUACCCGAAGGGUGAUCCAAUAUGACCCCGAGGUCAACGACAGCAACAUGGCCCUCGACCUCCACCUCAUUUCAGAACGCCGGGAACAGGCCUUCAUCCGGGCGGAAAACUACCGAAGGCAAGUUAAAAGCUACAUCGACGCCAAAGUUCGCACCCGAGAAUUUCAAGUGGGGGACUAUGUCCUCCGGAGGAGGGAAGCCAGCCAACCAACCGAGGGAGGGAAAAUGGCACCAAAAUUCGAAGGCCCCUACAUCAUAGCAGCAAUCAUCAAACCCGGGACCUACAAGCUCAAACGCCCCAACGGGAAAGAAGUCCCUAGGCACUGGAAUGUACACCACUUAAUUAAAUUUUAUCAAUAAUGUAAGAGCGGCCAAGCCCUCAUAACUAGUGAAUGUACUAUCCUAUGGCCCAAGGCCUCCAAUUUCGAAGAAUGAAGAUGCAUUCAAGACAUCAAGCCCUCAUACUGACUACGGCCCCAGGCCUCACCACGAGAAGAACCCCCUCCGGCACCACGUGCCGAGGGCGGACACCAUCAACACCUACAGCAAACAGCGAAAACACCACGUGUUUUCAGUCAAGACCCCUCGGUACUGAGUGCCGGAGGGGGUGAACCCCUAUCACCAACAACAAGGAACACCAUGUGUUUCAUUUCCCUUCGGCACCCAGUGCCGAGGGUACAUCCCCACCUUCAACAUCAAAAAAGAAAAGAUGAGAACACCAAGUGUUCCUACAGAAGACCCUUCGGCACCCAGUGACGAGGGUACAUCCCCACCUUCAACAUCAAAAAAGAAAAGAUGAGAACACCAAGUGUUCCUACAGAAGACCCUUCGGCACCCAGUGCCGAGGGUACACCUCCAUCAUCGAACAUCGAAACGAAGAGAAAAACACCAAAAUAUUUCAAAGAAGACCCCUCGGCACCCAGUGCCAGGGAGAUGCUCUCCUAUCAACUUCCAAACAUCUAUUGGGAAACACCAAGUGUUUCAUUUGAAGACCAUUCGGUACCAAGUACCGAGGGUAGACACCUCCAUCAACUGCAACAAAGGAGAACACCAAGUGUUCCUACAGAAGACCCCUCGGUACCAAGUACCGGGGGCUACACAUCGAAACUAACACCAAGUGUUGUUUCUAAAAGCCGUACCCCACGAGGACGCAUAUACCAAAGGCGCCACCAUCGGUGCCGGCGGCACGUAGUGCCCCCGGCCAUUUGCAACUAGUGUGCAAAUGAAAACCCUUCCUUGAAACGCUUUCCGCGUCACUACCCCCAGGGUAUGGCAGGCAUGAGAAAUGCCCAGGAUUCGACUUUCAAAAACGGAACGCUAUCCGCGUCAUUACCCCCAGGGUAUGACAGGCACGAGAAAUGCCCAGGAUUCGACUUUCAAACCGAAACGCUCCCCGCGCCACCACCCCAAGGGUGUGGCAGGCUACAGACUAUGUCUAGCGCCGAGGGGACGACUUUCAAAAAUGAGGCGCUUUCCGCGCCAUCCCCCAAGGGGAGGCAGGUUACGGACCACCAUAUCUUGUGCCCAGGAAACGUCCCUCGAUCCCCUCGGAACUCGGAAGGUUAACCCGAGGGAGGAGAGCCAUUGGUGUAUUCUGAUGGUCUCCUAAUAGGCCCAGCCUUACCAAGAAACCAAGUUUCUUGAUGCCUUCCCUUCACCACCAACCAAAAAAAAAAAAAAGGGGGGGUGAAGGGGAGUAGACUCAGCGAGAAAUCAAAGAGUACACUCCAACAAUAUCACAACAUGCCGAGGGCUCCCCACGGGAACACCUCCGGUAAUUGAAGACUCCUGUUUCCCGAAGGAUACUACUCAAAGAAAUAUCAUCAGGAAACGGCUAAGUCCACUACCUGGUCACCUCCGGUCACAAAAACACCGAAGGCUUCAACAAUACAAAGGGACUGGACUAUCCAAGGUCCACUAAACGGUACUUCAAACAAACACCGAAGGCAUCUGUUAUGCACAAAUACCGAGGGCCCUUUCCCCAUGACAAGGGUCAAAUUCUACAACUUUUAAAGUGUAUGCCGAGGGCACACACUCCUCAUUGGCUUUCUUCACAACAACAGGAUUCAACAUCAAUUCAUGCUUAGAAAAAUUCUAAGUCCUGAAGGAGCAGCCCCCGGACACCCGAAGGCUACACGAAGAAACAACACUUGAAAAAUUCUAAUACCUAAAGAUUGGGCCCCCGGCCCAAUCAAUAUUACAGCCAAGGGAAUAUGGUGGCCGAAGGCCAUGCAAUACAACAACACUUAAAAAAAAAAGUAUUCUGUCCUAAAUGAGUAGCCCCCGGGCAUCUGCAAAGUGAUGUGGAAUCGGAGGGCAGCUAUCACCCGAAGGCUCCCAAGGGAAAAUUUACACUUAGGAGAUUUUCUAAGUCCUACAUGUUUUCCCCCCGGUCAACUACUCAUACAUCAUGAAGGGAUGCCAUCUCCCGAAGGCUCCCAAGGGAAACUCCACACUUGAAAGAUUUUCUAAGUCCUACAUGUUUUUCCCUGGUCAACUACUCAUACAUCAAGGAGGUAUGCCAUCUCCCGAAGGCUCCCAAGGGAAAAUCCACACUUGGAAUAUUUUCUAAGUCCUACAUGUUUUCCCUGGUCAACUACUCAUACAUCAAAGAGGGAUGCCAUCUCCCGAAGGCUCCCAAGGGAAAACCCACACUUAGAAGAUUUUCUAAGUCCUACAUAUUUUCCCCCCGGUCAACUACUCAUACAUCAUGAAGGGAUGCCAUCUCUCGAAGGCUCCCAAGGGAAACUCUACACUUGGAAGAUUUUCUAAGUCCUACAUAUUUCACCCUCAUCUCAAGGGACCUAAUUACCGAAGGUUACCUAUCAAUCGAGGGCUACAGUACACAAGGAAUCAACACUCCAGAAAAAAUUCUACACAGUAGCCGAAGGCUACAUGACAUACUACACUUGCAAAAAUCUCUAAAUCCUGUGCAUUGGGCCCUCGGCCCAACAUUCACACAUCAGGAAGGGAGGCCAUAUCCCGAAGGCUCUCAAGGGGAAAUCUACAUUUAGAAAUUUUUCUAAGUCCUAGGAUUUGGAUUACUGCAAACACCCGAAGGCCCUAUGGUGUUCUACACUUAGAAAAAUUUUCUAAGUCCUAAUUGCUGCUGAACCCUCAGUUGCAUAUCCAGCAAAGGGUGCCCAACUACCGAAGGCUCCUAAGGGCUAGCUACAAUCAGAUAGUAUUCUAAGUCCUAAGACAUACAUUCAAAGGAACAAACACAUACAUCCAAAAAUGCCGAAGGCAUACACUCAAGGAAAACGGAGGCAUACAUUCAAGAAUAAAGGAAUUGAAGGGAACAAGUCAUAUAUACAAAGCCCGAAGGCGAUCAUUCAAUCAUAAAAAAAAAGCAAGUGUAAUUGCGAUGUUACUAUUACAAACGGGCCGAAGCCGAAGGAUCAAUGUUGAUUGUUACAAAAAAUAUUCAGACAUUACAAAUUAUGAAGUCACUCUACAACUACCACAGCAUCAUUCACCGGGGCGCCCUCUGCAGCCGGCCUCGAUGAUGCCUCCGCUCCGGUCUCGACAGGGUCGUCCUCGGCCUCAUUCUUCAACUCCGUGUCCUCAAGGUCGGGCCUCUGAACACCUUCCGGGAGCGACUCACGGACAUCAGGCUGCAGGGGAGGAAGGCCAUACGCCGAAGGGGAGAAGUCCUUUUGCUCAAUGCCCAAAUGCCGGGCCAUCCUCCGGUAGAUGAGGGCCUGGGUGAAGAAUUCGCCGGCUUCAUAGUACUCUCUGCCCUUCCGGGCCAUCCAUUCCCACCCAGGGCCCUCGGCCCAUUCUUCAACGCAUGCCUCCACGACCGAGGACACCCACAUCUUGCGCCCCUCGGCUUUCCAACCCUCGGCGACAAAGGCCUCAACGGCCUCCUCCUGAGCCUUGGCGACGGCUAGCGCUUUGGAGUCCUCGACCUCUUUAGCAGCGGCCUCAGCAGCGGCCUCAGCAUCAACCUUGCCUUUCUCUGCAGCCUCCAAUUUCAAGCUCAUCUGUCGGAGCUCCUCUUCUAGCUGGGCCCCCAGCUUCACCGCCUCUUGGUUCUUGAGGAGGCACUCCCUCAUUCUGGCGUCUUGCUCCGCUUUGUGGAGGCGCCAUUCUUGAAGCCUCCGAGCCUGUUCGCCGAGGGCUAAGCAAGCCUGCAGAACAACAACAAAAACAGUUAAAGGCAAUCACACAAAAUAAUCAAAGGAGAAGAUGGAGAAAGCCAGGUAAACACUUACAGAGAGGGAGGAGCGGAGAAUGUGGUCCUCGAGGGCCGCAUCAUUAUAGGCCCCGAGGGCAGCCCUAUCCGUCUCAGGGGUCAUACCCCUCAGGAUGGCCCCCGGGUCGACAGCGCCGCUGGCCAAAGAUGUACCCCUCGGGAACGCGACUUGGAGGAUCUCAGGCAGCAACUCCUCUGCCCCCGCCGGCGUUCCACCCGGCAGCUUCUCCACCUGCACCCCGGAGGCGGGGUGCUCAUCAGCGAUAAUGACCGGGGGCUCCUUCUCGGCGACAUCCCCCUUCUUCGGCUUUUUGGUAGCCGGGGGGGACCCCUUGGUCACUGCCUUCCUCUUGCCGGCAGCAUCGCCCUCGGCUUUCUUAAAGAGGGCAGUGGCGGGCUUCUGGAUGCCCUGUCCCGACCCCUUCGGGUCCUGUUUCUUCAAACGAGCAAGCCCCUUUACGUUCACCAUGGACACGGGGACUCCUGCAAAAAUACGAGAAAGGAUUAGGCCGAAGGGUCUAACCGAAGGGACAAAGACAUCCAAGCAAAAAAAAAAACUAAGUACAACGAGUCUAAAGCCCUCGGCUCCUACCUCCGGAGGCUCCCUCAAACACUGGGAACUUCUCAUCAGUUUCCCCCAGGAACCGGUACCGCCGGAACCUGAGGGUGUAGAGAUCUGCUUCUUUGGUGCAGUCCUUGAUGGAGAUAUUCUUGUCCCUGCCCUCCGGGAUCAUGGCCAGAAUCCUGCCAUCUUUCUCGAGGGCGGCGCUCCUCCUCUUCUCAUGCCUCCUGAAGCGGUCACGCAGCUCCCUCGGGAAGGGACUCUCGGCUAGCUUCACAUAGCACCACCGGUCCUUCCACCCCCUGUUUGAGGAGGGCGCCUCAGUGAAGAGUUUGAACACGGACACCUGCUGCAAAUUGGUGAAUCCCUCGGCAUUCGCGUGCCCCCCCGGCAAAGGUUGAAGCUCUGGAAGAAGAGGUCCAGGCUAGGCGUCACCCCCCGGGACUUACAAAGCUGAAGGAAGCCGGUGAUAUAAGAAUGGCUGUUCGGGGUCAGCUGGCAGGGGACCAAGCCAACAAACCUCAAAUAUUCCCGGAGGAAUGGGUGCAGAGGGAACCUAAGUCCCAUGGAUACUGAAAGGACGUGCACCGCAAUGCAGCCCUCGGGAGCCCGGGAGAGAACGUCAUCCGGACCCGGUGUCACCACGAUGGCCGAGGGGCCCACGUGAAGCUGGGUGACAUAGAUGUCCGCCGCAUCAACCUUCGACUUGAUCUCCAAUGCGGCGGUGUUGAGAUAGGAGUACCCCUCGGGCAUAUCGAGGGGCUUCCCUUGAUCCGCUACGCUGCCCUUCUUCUUGGGAACAGCGGCCUUGGCCUUCUUCUUUCCGGGGGCCACCCGGAGGGGGACCGCAUUCAGCGGCCGAGAGGUGCUGGCCUCCCCGGCACCCCGAGGGGGGAGCACAGCAACGGUUACCCUCUCGCUUUCCUUUUGUGCCUCCUCUUCAGCUGCUUGCCAGGCGAUGGCCAACUCUUCGUCCUCACAUUCCUGCUCAAAGCCCUCGGCCUCCGCCUCAGCUACGAGGGCUUUCUGCAACUCCCGGGCAACGACGGCAUCCUGUCCCACCGAGGACUCUGCACUUGAGGACUCCACGUCCGAGAGGACUUCAUCCUCCAUCGAGGGCGCCCCCGAGAUAUCUUGAAAAUCACUCUGGGACGACAUUCUGACUCUAGUUCGAAGGCUCGUACAACUAGUGUUUUCUAAAUGUUCUAUCUCCUAGCCUAAGGGCGCAGUACAGGUAGUUAAGAGGUGAAGGGUAACUGGAGAACUGACCUUAAGAACAGAGGAUUCAACCGGGGGCUGCUGUUUCUCUCUUUAGAAAAAUUGGCAGAGCUUCGCUAUCAAGUUUUUCGCACACGGAGGAAUGCCUGGCCUUGGGGUAUUUAUAGGCGCUGGAAUCCGGGCUUGGGCCUGGGUUCCGGGCCUCCGGAUGGACGCCAUCAUUACUCACCGCGUCUUCGCCCAACCGGUGACGCCGCCCACGGACAGCCAGCCAUCACACGCCACGUGUGCCCCCCCCAACGGCUAUAUCCCGUCGUUACAUAUUCCAACGGCUAUAUUUCCAACGGCUAUAUUUUGGAAGCCCCCGGGUUUUCUACUUCACUCCACUUCAUCAAGGAUAGCCUCCGGGUGCACUCACCCAGAAGUGCCCCCGGGUUGUGCCCCACACAGCACAUUACACACGCCUUCGGGGUCACUCCUUCAGAUCCCUAGGGCUGCAUAUCAGGGCACCCCUCGGGGUUUUCCCCUCAGCACUGCAAAACCGGGUAGCUCCCGGGGAGUGCCUCAUUGACGGAUGGCCCAUGGCCCUCGGGUAACUUCAUCACCAACUCAUCAACAAAUAGUGGACCCCCCGGUAACAACUUCACUGCUGCCCUCAUCUGGCAGGCCCUCGAUCCCUGGAUUGAGGGGCUCCCCUUCGGCACCACCAGGGCAUCAACAGCAAGCCUUCGGCUAAUCAACACAGGAGCCCUCAGAGGAGAGAGCCUUCGGCAUUCCCGUCAUUCUCCACUUUGUACCGAGGUUUGACAUUUUCGAUUCAUCAUUGGGGGAAUUCGGUGCACUCUUUUUCCCUCAUUAGGAUUUUUUCCCAAAUGGUUUUUCCUAAUGAGGUUUUUAACGAGGCAUCCCCCCAAAAUGAAACGAAAAGCGUUAGCCUUCGGCCCACAACAGCAACGUAAUUACUUUACUCCUUUUCACCACUUUACAAGUGCCUCAAGGAGUGGGGGACUGGAGGACCCCUUCGGGAAAACCAUUAAAUUACAAAAUCUGUGAAAUUCCAACAAACAACGAAGCAAGCCCUCAAGUCCCGACAUGUGGGUAACUGAGGGACUGCCUUCGGCAGGGACAUAAAAGCAACAACUCCUCACCAACUUCAGGAAUCACGAUGGGACAACAUCAAAGGGCAAGCACAAGUUACUCCUUUUCCCUCAAGUACCUUUCGGCAAAAGGAGUGAGGGACUCCUGAUGGAGUAUAUGGCCCGGGAACCCCCGGCCCACAGACUCCUACUACUCCAGCGAAGGCCCAGCAGGCCCAACAGGCCCAAAUCACAGCGCCCAAAGUACCAAGCAGCCCGCACUACGCGCCAGGGGUGCCUUCGGCCCCCUGGCCGAAGGCUCUAAACUCUCACAGAACGGGUUUCUCAAGCAAACUAAGAAACUGGGAGAAAACGGCGAAAACAGUAGCCCUCGGCACUGUGAGCCCUCGGCACCAGGGUGCCAUCGGUUGGAGGAGCCCUCGGCUACUGCUCUAUAGCCGAAGGCAUCUCACUCGACAAGAUAUCCGCCUCACAUGCGUACAGAUCACCGUACCCCGCACAGACGUCCCAUCCAACAGCCGCAUUAAAUGCGGCCACAUGCGGCUGCCAGCGCCAACCAGUUGAGGUGACCCCUCGGCCAAUGAGCGCUUGACACGUGUCCCUGCCCGACAUUUAUUGCUACUAUAAAUAGCACCCCAUUUCCCCAUUUGUAACCACGCUUGAUACACAUCGAAUAUACACUCUCUCUCUUACUUGUUUGCUCUAACUUCUCUCUAAGUUACUUCCUGCAAUAACCCUUCGGAUAUAUACCCCCGGGUAGACUAUCCAUCACAACCCAAGUACUCUCUCUGUUGCACCCAAGGGUAAAUUGUAUUGCCAACACUAAAGGACCCCCCACCUCAAUUAUAUGAUUUGAUUAACGGGACAGAUCCUAGAAGUAAACACUUCCAACAUAAUAUCAGAUCAUAUAAUAGUAUGUUUUCGUUCACAUCGAUGGGUGGGAGGAUAGAUAAUGCAGUUAACAGGGGUGGGUCACCACCAAUUUUUAAACUUGGUGGUCAGAAUUAUCAUCUAAUAGGGUCUCUAUUGCCGCAAGAAGGAAGUGUCCCGAAAUUUGCUCAACUAUAUAUAUAUGACACACAACACGAAGAUCUAAACCGCUUGAGUUCUGUGAGAGACGAUACCACAAAAAACAAUUUGCAUGUAGAAAUCGUGUCUUCUUUAAGAGGAAUGCUUGAUGAACACAACGUUUUGGUGAAGUCAUUUAGGAUGGUUCGAGACAAGAUUGCUGAAGGUGGCGAGGCAAAAGUGAGUUUGAAAUUAAUAGGUAGAAGAAAUAAAGAUGCUAGAACUUAUAAUCUACCUACAGUUUCAGAAGUAGCAGCUUUGGUUGUGGGAGAUUUUGAUGAAUCACUUGGGCAAAGAGAUAUAAUGGUUGAAACCCAAGGAGGUUUUAUGAAGCGUAUAAAUGAAUUGAAUCCUGCGUAUUUGGGAUUGCAAUACCCACUUCUAUUUCCCUUCGGUGAAGAUGGUUAUAGGGAGGAUAUUAAUUUUUGUGAAGAUAAUACUUAUUCUACAAAAGGUCGCAGAAGUGUUAGCAUUAGGGAAUAUUUGGCAUAUAGAUUGCAUGAGCGGAGCAUCGAAUGCACUUUCAUCCUCCAAAGUAGAAGGCUGUUCCAACAAUUUGUCGUUGAUGGAUAUACUAUGGUUGAGUCUUCAAGACUAAUGUACAUCAGAACACAUCAAAAACAAUUAAGGUGUGAAAUGUACAAAGGCCUUACCGAUGCUUUACUCAGUGGCGAGCGAGAUGCUUCUACCCAAGGAAAGAGAGUUGUUUUACCACCUACAUUUGUUGGAGGAGCACGAUAUAUGGUGCAAAAUUACCAAGAUUCAAUGGCUAUAUGUCGGUGGGCUGGGUAUCCGGAUUUGUUCUUGACGUUCACAUGCAAUCCAAAGUGGCCAGAAAUUGUAAGAUUUCUUAAAGAAAGAAACUUGAGUCCUGAAGAUCGACCAGAUAUAAUAUGUAGAGUUUUCAAGAUGAAGUUGGAUGGAUUGAUUAAAGAUCUACGUAAUAAUAAGACAUUUGGUGAAGUGAGAGCAGGUAUACCAUAAGUCACAUUAUAAUUCUAUUUAAUACAAUGUCAUAUAAAAUAUAGCAAACUUACAUUGGCACAUUAUUUCUUCUAUGUGCAGUCAUAUACACAGUGGAAUUUCAGAAGCGUGGCCUUCCCCACGCUCAUAUUUUGUUAUUCAUGGCAAGUGCAGACAAAUUUCCCACUUCGACAGACAUUGAUGACAUCAUUUCUGCAGAAAUACCUGAUGAGGCAAAUGAUCCGGAAUAUUUCAAUGCGGUACGUAUGCAUAUGAUGCAUGGGCCGUGUGGAAAUGAAGCAAAAAAUGCUCCAUGCAUGGUACAAUCUAAGUGUGCAAAGCACUUCCCCAAGAAUUUCAAUGAGCAGACAACCGUGGACGAUGAAGGUUAUCCUAGGUAUAGAAGGCGCAAUGAUGGAAGAACUGUUGUGAAAAGUGGAUCACACCUUGACAACAGAUAUGUUGUUCCCCAUAAUAGGUAUUUACUCUUGAAGUACGGUGCUCAUCUCAAUGUGGAGUGGUGUAAUCAAGGCAGGUCAAUCAAAUAUUUGUUCAAAUACGUCAACAAAGGACAUGAUCGUGUGACGGCCGGAUUUUAUGAAACUUCAAAUGCAGAUGAUAGCGAGAAACCCGUGGAUGAAAUAAAACUUUACUACGAUUGUAGGUAUAUAUCUCCAUGUGAGGCGAUGUGGAGAAUACUAGGGGUUGAGAUUCAGUAUAAGAAUCCAUCUGUUGAACGAUUGAGUUUUCACUUUCCGGAUGAACAAUAUGUUUACUUUGAUGAUAAUGCAUCGGUAAGUGAUGUCGUGUUACGCGAAUCUAUGAAGGAGAGUAUGUUUUUGGCAUGGAUGAGGGCGAAUGAGCAGUACCCAAAUGAGGCACGAGAUUUAACUUAUGCUGAAUUUCCUCAAAGGUUUGUUUGGAAGGCUACAACAAGAGAAUUCGUACCUCGCAAAAAGGGUUUUGCUAUAGGUCGACUAACUUAUGUCCCUCCAGGUUCAGGGGAAUCUUAUUAUUUGCGUUGCCUCCUAAAUUUGAAGCGUGGGCCUACAUGUUUUGAUGAUCUAAGAACUGUGGAUGGGGUUUGUUAUGAGACAUAUCGUGAGGCAUGUUUCGCAAUGGGAUUGUUAGAUGAUGACAAAGAGUAUGUUGACGGAAUUUCUGAGGGGAGUUUUUGGGCUUCAGCAUGGGUGCUCAGAAAGCAUUUUGUCAUAUUAUUGAUAGCGGAUACGAUGAGUAGACCAGAGUACGUUUGGGAAAAAUGUUGGACAUUCAUGUCAGAUGACAUUUUACACAGGCAGAGAACAGCUUUACUCCAUCCCGGUACAUAACAAAACUACUACUUUUUUCCGGAUUCAAAUUAAUUUCAAUAAUACAUACAUAUCUUUCUUAUGUUGAUUUUGUUUUUCAAUCCUUUGUUUUAGAUUUAACGUUAACAGAGGCGGAGAUUAAAAAUUAUGCACUAAUAGAAAUAGAGCUGAUGUUGAAGAGGAAUGGCAGGAGCUUAAAGAACUAUCCAUCAAUGCCAUUCCCUGACAUAAGUCAAUCAUCCAUGACUCAGAACAGGCUUAUAUUCGACGAAUUGCAAUAUGAUCGUGUUGCAUUAUGUCAUGAGCAUGAGAAAUGCAUUGAUAGUUUGAAUGAUCAACAACGUCACGUGUACACAACGAUUAUGGAAUCGAUUUAAGAAAACAAAGGCGGGGUUUUCUUUGUGUAUGGUUACGGAGGUACAGGAAAAACGUUUGUUUGGAAAACAUUGUCUGCUGCUUUGAGGUCAAAGGGGGAAAUUGUUCUUAACGUUGCUUCCAGCGGCAUUGCGGCUUUACUAUUACCCGGUGGGAGGACAGCUCAUUCACGUUUCGCAAUACCAAUCAAUCCGACUGAAAACUCCACCUGCAACAUCAAUCAAGGGAGUCCACUAGCACAGUUGAUAAUUCGGUGCAAACUCAUUAUAUGGGAUGAGGCACCAAUGAUGCACAAGUAUUGUUUUGAAGCUUUGGACAGGAGUUUGAGAGACAUCCUUAGAUUUACAAAUUCAUAUACCAGUGAUAAACCGUUUGGAGGCAAAACGGUGGUGUUCGGGGGGGAUUUUAGACAAAUCUUACCUGUAAUUACAAAGGGUACCAGACAAGACAUAGUGAAUGCCACAAUUAAUUCUUCAUAUAUUUGGCACGAAUGCAUUGUCUUGCGUUUGACAGAGAACAUGAGACUCCAAUCACUUAGUGACGAUUGUGAAUAUGAAGAUUUGGUGGAGUUUGCGAACUGGAUUGCUGCUUUAGGAGAUGGUACCGCGGGCGAAGUCAAUGAUGGAUUUGCCGAUGUCAAAAUUCCAAGCGACAUUCUCUUAGAGUGCGGAGAGGAUCCGAUUGCCACUAUUGUAAAAAGCACCUAUCCUGACUUUGAGAAAAUAGCCAAUGAUCUGUCCUACUUGCAAGAGCGUGCAAUCCUAGCUCCAACUCUUGAUGUUGUGGAUCAAAUUAACGAAUACAUGACAUCUCUCAAUGUUCAGGAAGAGUCUAGGACAUAUUUGAGUUCUGAUAGCAUCUGCAAGUCAGACUCAAAUUCCGAUUUCUUGGCUGAUUUGCACACUCCUGAAUUCCUAAAUAAAAUCCGUGCAUCAGGAGUUCCGAACCAUGAGUUAAUCCUUAAAGUCGGUACUCCGAUAAUGCUUCUGAGGAAUAUUGAUCCGUCUAUGGGGCUUUGCAAUGGAACAAGGUUGAUUGUUACACGACUUGGGAAUCACAUCCUCGGAGCAAAAAUUCUAGGGGGGAAAUAUGCUACACUUGAAGUUGUCAUUCCAAGGUUAACUUUGACUCCAUCUGAUUCAAGAAUUCCCUUCAAGUUUCAAAGAAGACAAUUUCCCGUCAUGACCUCUUAUGCGAUGACAAUAAAUAAAAGUCAAGGUCAAUCACUGUCGCAUGUUGGCCUUUUAUUAAAAAAACCAGUCUUUACGCAUGGUCAACUGUAUGUUGCAGCAUCGAGAGUCACAAAUCGCAAGGGUUUGAAGAUACUCAUAUGCAGUGAAAAUGGGGAACAACUCGAUCGUACUAUCAAUGUUGUUUACAAAGAAGUAUUUCGGAAUUUGUAGAGUACGGAUUUCCUAUUGUAAUUUGGUUUAUUCCUUACGAUCCUGAAACAUUAUUCGUACCAAUUACAUAUAUACUCUUUCAUGUCAUUUAGGCAUUAACUAUUUAUAUUAACAACUAAUACGAAACAAUUAAUUACUUAAUAUUAUUAUUUAGUAUAUGUCCCGCGCAUCGCGCGGGUGAAAAUCUUGUAACUUCCAUAAGAUCUGUAGAGUUUAAGUUUGAGUCGAGUUCAAAGUGCUAUACAAGUUUUCUAUUUUAAAAUUAUACGUAGCAUAUUUUUAAACAAAGAUUUUGAUCUAUUAUACGUUUAAAUACGUACAUAUGUGCAAUAAUCAAUAAUUUUGUAAACAUACAAACAUUGUUUAAAAUUCUCCGCCUUCCAUCUUAGACAUUUUAGGGCUCUUUUUCGCCCGAAAAUGCAUUUUUAAAAUAUUGUCUAAAACGUUAAGAAUUUGUGAAAUUCUAGUAUAUUUUCAAUAGAAUAUAAGUGUAGUUUUUAUGCAUGGAUCCAUAUAUUAUAGAUAUAUGAUCUAAUGUCACUACAAAAAAACUCGCCAUUUGUCACGG